CUCUUUCAUUUCACAUCCCAAACAUUCUAUCACAUUGUGACAAUUGACAGAGCAAAGCAAGCUCAUUCAAGUCCAAAAGCUGUUUAGGGAGUUGAUUUCCAGAUCCAUUACUAGUGUAGUAGUGUUAUUUAUCAAUCAACAUGACUGUUGAGGUGCAAGCUGAGGCAACUCAAGUGGCUGAAGUAGUUGUUCCACAAGAGGAAUUAGUGGCUGCUAAGAAGGUUGUAGAGGAGGUUGAGGUGAAUGAGAAAGUAAAAGGAGAUGAAGAAGAGGAGGUCAAGCCAAAUACAAUUGAGAAGAGCUCUUCUUAUAGAGAAGAGAGCAACUUCCUCUCUGAUCUCAAAGAGAAUGAGAAGAAGGCAUUGAAUGAGCUGAAAUCUAAAGUUGAGGAGGCCAUUCUUGGAAACACUCUCUUCAAACAAGAAGAGAUCAAGAAGUCUCCAGAGAAAUCAGGUGAAGAGGAAGAGGGAAAGAAUGAGGAAAAUUCCAAUACGAAUGGUGGGGAUAUAGAGGGGAAAGAAGAGGAGAAGGAGAAGGAAGAGGAUGAUUUGGAUGUUGUUGAAGUGGACAAAGAGAUCUCAAUUUGGGGUGUACCCCUUUUGCCUAGCAAAGGGGAUGAGAAAACCAAUGUGGUUCUCUUGAAAUUCUUGAGAGCGAGGGAUUACAAAGUGAGUGAAUCUUUCGAAAUGCUGAAGAAAACACUCCAAUGGAGGAAGGAUUUUAAGAUCCAAUCAAUCUUGGAGGAAGAGUUGGGCUCAGAUCUUGCUCCAGCCGCUUACAUGAGUGGAAUUGAUAACCAAGGACACCCUAUUUGUUACAACAUUUUUGGAGUUUUGGAUGAUGAAGAGCUGUAUAACAAGACGUUUGGGACGGAGGAGAAACGGAACCAGUUCUUGAGGUGGAGAGUCCAGUUAAUGGAGAAGGGCAUUCAACAGCUUGAUUUCAAUGCUGGAGGUGUUAGUUCACUGCUUCAGAUAAAUGAUCUGAAGAACUCCCCUGGACCAUCCAAGAAAGAAGUCAGGGUUGCUACAAAACAAGCUGUUGAUCUUCUUCAGGAUAACUAUCCUGAAUUUGUUGCCAAAAAUAUAUUCAUCAAUGUUCCAUUUUGGUAUUACGCCGUCCAUUCUCUGCUCUCGCCUUUCCUAACGCAACGAACCAAAAGCAAAUUCGUAUUUGCUCGCCCUGCUAAGGUCACUGAGACCUUGCUCAAGUACAUUCCAAUCCAUGAAAUCCCCAUUCAAUAUGGUGGACUGAAGAGGGACAAUGACUUUGAGUUUUCAGUCUCUGACUGUGAAGCUUCAGAAACUCUCCUUAAAGCUGGAUCAACUGAAACCAUUGAAAUACCAGCAGUAGAUGUGGAAAGUACAUUUAUCUGGGAUGUUACCAUUGUGGGCGGGGAAGUGAGCUAUAAGGAGGAAUUUGUGCCAGAGGAUGAGACUUCUUACACCAUUAUCAUUCAGAAGGACAAGAAGGUGAGCUCAACAAUUCGCAACACAUUCAAGAACACUGAAGCAGGAAAGGUUGUGCUGACAAUCAGGAACUCUUCUAGCAAGAAGAAGAAGGCGUUUUACCGACACAAGAUCAAGAAAUCAGCAAUUUGAGAUGAACAAAUUUCUAUUCUGAGUGAAGAUGACGGAGUUCUUUCUCUGUUUUUUUUUUAAAAAAAAUAUGUAUAACGUAGUAAUCUUUUUGUGGUUCAUAUAAUUAAUUAUUUUUGGUCCUACAUUCAUAUUGUAUAUGUUGAUUUAUUCUUUUUCUUCUUAUAAGGAUAAAUGUGAUCUCUGGAUUUUUUUACAA